GAAGGGCCAGAAGGUGUUUUCCCACCCAGAGCACCGAGGAGGCACCCUCGGCCUCUCUGUUCACACCCCUACCCCAAGCUGCUCCUCACAACUCCUGGACUGUUCUGGAAGAGUGGGAGCAGCCCGGCGGGCUCUAAGGACCCGGUAGUAAGAUUGUGCCACCAGGAUUUAUCCAAAGAAAGAGAUGGCUGAAACUGGUGGAAAAGAACAAACAAAAUGGACAACGACUGUUAUUAUGAGCUCAUCUCUUAAGAGUUGUGAAAUUGCGACUGCCCUAGAAAAUCAAAGCCACAAGAUUCGGUAUUCAGAUUCAGUGGAAAAUGGAGCAAUUAUAUUUUCUCUUUCUGGUGUUGCAUUUUUAUUGAUGGAUACUAAAGAAUGUCUGAUGUCAGCUGAAGAAGCAGUCUUAGCCAGAAUUGAAAAGUUUAUUAAUAUUCACCAAAACAGUUUUUUGAUUCUGUCUGCUGCCCUCCAUGGGCUUGAAGAAUGGAAACUAAUGUUCAGGAUUCAGCAGAGAUUCCUGGGUAGGAACUUACGGAUAAUUCCAGUACAUAACACAGUAAAUGCUAUUAAUCUGAUGUGCACUGUAGCUAAGACUGCUUCUAAACCAUACAUAGAUAAUAUCUGCUACAGAAUGGUCACAACUAAAGCUUACAUCAUUGAGCAAAGUCCCGUUUGGAAAACACUUCAAAAGAUAAAACUGAGUGGUGACUUAAUUAACUCAGAUUAGCGUAUCAAUUAUAAAUGUACUUUUGGAAGAACAUUAAAAUAAUUAGACCUGUUAAAUCACAAUAUUCAAAUAAUAUUUCAAGAUGUUGAUAACAUGUAUACAAUUAGAAGUUUUAUUUUAGGAGUUUUGUUGAGUGAUUCUUUUAAUAAUGUGUAUGUACAUAUAUUGUAAAAGUCAGAUGCCCUUAUUUUUUAACAAUUUUUUUAG